AACCGGUUAACCGAUCGAAGCCGGUUCAAUCAGAAUCAGUAGAACCGGUAAGAUAUCGGUCGAUUAACCGGUUUUAAAUAAACUAUAGUAAAUCAGAAUUAAUCGAAACCGAUAAAUCGACCUAUUAAACAUGCCUAAUAGCAACGCAUAUGCUAGAGAAUUAUUAGAACAAAAAAUCAAAAUUUGUGAAAGAAAAUAUUAUACCCAAAAAAACGUAUUACGUAAGUACCGCUAAAUGUUUUCCUAAUGGGCUGACGCAUACGGCCCAUUUCGAGUUGAGAUAACGUUACACAGCAGGCGAGAUCUUUUUUCGAAUUUGAAAUCCCUAACUGAAUCGAACGUUGCUACUCUUCAACCUCGAGAUAAAACCAAACUGCGAAAAAAAUCUCAUCUGAGAUCGGAAGAACUGACCGGAUCAAAAAGGCGCAGGUGAAGCAGCAGCAUGAGGCGCCAUGGAUGGCAGCUUCCUCUCCAUCUCUUUCAGUUCGUGGGGAUGACCGUGUUUGCUUUCCUUGUGAUCUCCUUCUAUGUUUUCCUUGGGCCUUUCCUCGGGAACAGAAUCCUCAAGAACACGAUCUUGACGCUCUUCUCCUUCACGGCAUUUUCAGUAGCCGUCCUGUACAUGAGGUGCACCGCCACUGAUCCGUCCGACAAGACUAGUGCUAAGAAAAGGAAGCGGGCCAAAUCCGGCGGCUUGCCGAAGCUGAACUACAAGUUCAUCUUGUGGCAGGUGGUGGUGAGGUUCUUUAAGAGGGUGGAGAGCAAGAUCCUCAGGUGCUGCAUCAGGAGGAAGUAUAUGGAUCCGUGGCAUGGCAGCAUUCAGAUGGAGCCUCUACUGUCUUUUCCCCUUGUUUUCCUCGAUGACGCCACGUCAGCCGAUCGGAAAGAUGACGACAUCACCUUCUGCACUCUCUGUGAUUUUGAGGUAAAGAAACACAGCAAGCAUUGCCGGAGUUGCGAUAGGUGUGUCGACGGAUUCGAUCAUCAUUGUAGGUGGUUAAACAACUGCAUUGGGAGGAAGAAUUACACCACCUUCAUCCUUCUGAUGGUUCUCACAUUGUUGAUGCUUAUCGUUGAAGGCGGAUCGGCAAUUAUAAUCUUCAUUCGCUGCUUCACAAGUGGCAAAACAUUAGCUCAUGAAGCAAAAGAGAUACUCCAUGCUGAGAUUCCCAAAGGAGUUUUUGUAGCAAUAUCAAUAUUUUUGGCAUUGCUGACAACAUAUAGCACUGCAGCACUGGGCCAACUCUUUUUGUUCCAUGUAGUUCUCAUCAGAAAGGGAAUGAGAACUUAUGACUAUAUUCUGGCAAUGAGAGAAGAGAGUCAAUCCGUCGACCCGUUUGAUGAGUUGUAUUCAUCUUCAGAUGAUAGUGAGGAUGACCUCGACUCACCCGAAAGACCCACUCUGUUCUCCAGGAUAUGUAGAAAACUUGAAAACAGUCAAAGUUCUCAAAGAUUAUCAAUAAGGAUUGAAAAAGACUCAAGUUCCUCGACUCCGAACAGCAAGGUAGAAUUCCAAAUCGACCCUUGGAAGCUCAUCGGGAUGAGCAAAGAGAAGACAAUGAUAGCGGCAGAGAGAGCAAGGGAGAAAAUGAGGCAGAAAUUGUCACCCAAAGUAACCGGACUAUCGAUAUCACCACUGAAGCCACUACCAUCAGAGAUGAGACAUGGACCCUUAACAAACCAGGAAGUGAAGAGAGUCGUCGUUAAAGAUCACAUGGCAGUUAACUCGAGGGCUUGGUUUCCAAAUUCACCAAAUGGUCACUUGUCUAGUCCCAGAAGAAGGUUCUCAGGGUCUCCAUCUCCGAGACCGCAAAUGUACAGAAACAGCUUCGACCCAAAGUUGACAGAGAUUUCAAGGGAACUUGAGACUUAUAUCUCCAAGCAAGUGCUAUCCUCGGUUCUAAAACAAGAAACGUCUUCGCCAUCAUAGUUUAAUAGAGAUCAUACUUUAGCACGCUUCCAUUUUGCUCACUGCUGCACUCUCUUGAAUCUGUUUUUCUCAUCCUUUGAGAAACGCUUGACUAUUAGGAAAUUUCAAUAGAUUUGUUUUACCCUGUGAAGAGUGUUAUAGAUCGUAGCAAAGUGGCCUCCAGAAACCCAUCUUAGAUUUGUAAUCCAAUUACUUAGAGAUAUUGCAACAUAUGAAUUGUGUAAUUCUUUCUAUCACUGAUGAUAUAUUAGGCUCUAUUUUUUUUUAAAUGCUUCUUAUAUUGUUUUAUGCCAUAUUAAUGGAUGGAUGUUAAAUAUGGAUUGAUGAAUGAAAUGUGAAACUUCAUGCA